ACCUCCACAGAUUAAAGAGGAACAGGAGGAACUCUGCAGCAGUGAGGAGGAAGAGCAGCUUGGAAUGAAGCAGGAGACCGAUCCCUUUAUGUUGACUCCUACUUAUGAGAAAAAGGACCACAGUGAAGCAGAACCAACCAGUGACCAGCACCUCCUCUGUCACAGGUCUGCUAUAGCUGGGAGCCAGGAUCAGGAAGGAAGCCAGCAUGGAGACUCGGGAUCAUCCUGUAAUGCAGAGCCAAAGCCAAAGAGGAGACGUCACAAAGACACAAGUCACGGUAGCAGUGUGGACAACUCUCCCCUGUCAGAGACUGAUUCUGAUCCUUCCACAGACAGAAAGUCUUUAAAGUGUGGCACUUGUGGCAAAACUUUUAGGUACAAGACCAAUUUCAAUAGACAUCUUAGAAGCCAUACAGCAGAGAAUCAGUAUUGUUGUGAAAUGUGUAAGAAAAUUUUCAAAUAUAACUGUGAACUUUUGGUCCACAUGAGAACCCACACAGGUGAGAGGCCGUAUGUUUGCAAGACAUGUGGGAAAGGAUUCAUACAGUCAUCACAUUUGAAUGUUCAUUUACGAAUCCACACAGGCGAGAAGCCGUAUUCUUGUAAAACAUGUGGGAAUUCUUAUAGGCAACGGCAGCACUUGUUGAACCACAUGAGAUCCCACACAGGGGAGAAUCUGUAUGUUUGCAAGACGUGUGGGAAAGGAUUCGUGGAGUCAUCAGUUUUGAAGGUUCAUUUAAGAACCCACACAGGAGAGAAGCCGUAUUGUUGUGAAACAUGUGGGAAGAAUUUCACAAGCAGCAGUUGGUUAUCGGUCCACAUGAGGACCCACACAGCAGAGAAGCCAUAUUCUUGUAAAACAUGUGGGAACUCUUACAAGGAACGGCAGAAGUUGUUGAUCCAUAUGAGAUCCCACACAGGAGAGAGACCCCAUGUUUGCAAAACAUGUGGGAAAGGAUUUAUGCAAUCAUCAGCUUUGAAGGUUCAUUUAAGAACCCACACAGGUGAGAGGCCAUAUUUUUGUAAAAUAUGUGGGAACUCUUAUAGGCAACGCCAGCGGUUGUUGAUCCACAUGAGAACCCACACAGGUGAGAGGCCAUAUGUUUGCAACAUGUGUGGGAAAGGAUUCAUGCAAUCAUCAGUUUUGAAGGUUCAUUUAAGAACCCACACAGGGGUCACUUGUUGGUCCACAUGAGAAUCCACACAGGGGAGAGGCCAUAUGUUUGCAGGACUUGUGGGAAAGGAUUCAUGCGGUCAUCAGAUUUGAAGAUUCAUUUAAGAACCCACACA